CAACUGGGCGGGGAAGGUGCAGUGGGAUCUAAAGAAAGGUUGGGCGCCCGUGGGCCAGAGCACUACCCCAGCUCAAUAGGAAGGAAAGGAAGCAGAGAGGUGCACAAAAAGAGGCGAGCCGAGGCCAAAGGUAGCCAAGUCUCCUCUCCCCGCAGUGCUUCGUCCCGGCCAGAGACCUCCGCCACGGCCGCGUCACCUCCAGCGGCAGUGGCCGCCGGCGGAGCAGUCUGAGCCCGACGAUGAGGCCGGGGACGGGAGCGGAGCGUGGAGGCCUCAUGGUGAGUGAAAUGGAGAGCCAUCCUCCUUCGCGGGGUCCCGGGGACGGGGAGCGGAGAUUGUCCGGCUCAAGCCUCUGCUCCAGCUCUUGGGUCUCUGCUGACGGCUUCCUGAGGAGACGGCCCUCGAUGGGGCACCCUGGCAUGCAUUAUGCCCCAAUGGGAAUGCACCCUAUGGGUCAGAGAGCGAAUAUGCCUCCUGUACCUCAUGGAAUGAUGCCGCAAAUGAUGCCCCCUAUGGGAGGGCCGCCAAUGGGACAAAUGCCUGGAAUGAUGUCUUCAGUAAUGCCUGGAAUGAUGAUGUCUCAUAUGUCUCAGGCUUCCAUGCAGCCUGCCUUACCGCCAGGAGUAAAUAAUAUGGAUGUAGCAGCAGGUACAACAUCUGGUGCAAAAUCAAUGUGGACCGAGCAUAAGUCACCUGAUGGAAGGACUUACUACUACAAUACUGAAACAAAACAGUCUACUUGGGAGAAACCAGAUGAUCUGAAAACACCUGCUGAGCAACUUUUAUCUAAAUGUCCCUGGAAGGAAUACAAAUCUGACUCUGGAAAGCCUUACUAUUAUAAUUCUCAAACAAAAGAAUCCCGCUGGGCCAAACCUAAAGAACUUGAGGAUCUUGAAGGAUACCAGAAUACCAUUGUUGCUGGAAGUCUUAUUACAAAAUCAAACCUGCAUGCAAUGAUCAAAGCUGAAGAAAGCAGUAAGCAAGAGGAGUGCACCACAACAUCAACAGCCCCGGUUCCUACAACAGAAAUUCCGACCACCAUGAGCACCAUGGCUGCUGCAGAAGCCGCUGCCGCUGUUGUUGCCGCCGCCGCCGCCGCCGCUGCUGCCGCCGCCGCAGCCAAUGCCAGUGCUUCCACCUCUGCUUCAAACACUGUCGGUGGAACUGGCCCAGUCGUUCCUGAGCCAGAAGUUACUUCGAUUGUUGCUACCGUUGUAGAUAACGAGAAUACAGUGACAAUUUCAACUGAAGAACAAACACAACUUACUAGUACUCCUGCUGUUCAGGAACAGAGUAUGGAAGUAUCCAGUAAUACUGGAGAAGAAACAGCUAAGCAGGAAACUGUAGCUGAUUUUACUCCCAAAAAAGAAGAGGAGGAAAGCCAACCAGCAAAGAAAACCUAUACUUGGAAUACAAAGGAAGAGGCAAAGCAAGCGUUUAAAGAAUUAUUGAAAGAAAAGCGGGUACCAUCUAAUGCUUCAUGGGAACAAGCUAUGAAAAUGAUCAUUAAUGAUCCACGAUACAGUGCUUUAGCAAAGUUGAGUGAAAAAAAGCAAGCCUUUAAUGCUUACAAAGUCCAGACAGAGAAAGAAGAAAAAGAAGAAGCACGAUCAAAAUACAAAGAGGCUAAGGAAUCCUUUCAGCGUUUUCUUGAAAAUCAUGAGAAAAUGACUUCCACAACCAGAUACAAAAAAGCAGAGCAAAUGUUUGGAGAGAUGGAAGUCUGGAAUGCAAUAUCGGAACGUGAUCGUCUUGAAAUCUAUGAAGAUGUUUUAUUCUUUCUUUCAAAAAAAGAAAAGGAGCAAGCAAAGCAGUUACGGAAGAGAAAUUGGGAAGCCUUAAAAAACAUACUUGACAACAUGGCUAAUGUAACAUACUCUACUACCUGGUCUGAAGCCCAGCAGUAUCUGAUGGAUAAUCCAACUUUUGCAGAAGAUGAGGAAUUACAGAACAUGGAUAAAGAAGAUGCAUUAAUUUGCUUUGAAGAACACAUCCGAGCUUUAGAAAAGGAAGAAGAAGAAGAAAAACAGAAGAGUUUGCUGAGAGAAAGGAGACGACAGCGUAAAAAUAGAGAAUCUUUUCAGAUAUUUUUAGAUGAACUGCACGAACAUGGACAACUGCAUUCUAUGUCAUCUUGGAUGGAAUUGUAUCCAACAAUUAGUUCCGACAUUAGAUUUACUAAUAUGCUUGGUCAACCGGUUUUUUCAUUAGGAUCAACUGCACUUGACCUUUUCAAGUUUUAUGUUGAGGAUCUUAAAGCACGUUAUCAUGAUGAGAAGAAAAUAAUAAAAGACAUUCUAAAGGAUAAAGGAUUUGUAGUUGAAGUAAAUACGACUUUCGAAGACUUUGUGGCCAUAAUCAGUUCAACUAAAAGGUCAACCACGUUAGAUGCCGGAAAUAUUAAGUUGGCUUUCAACAGUUUACUAGAAAAGGCAGAAGCUCGUGAACGCGAACGAGAAAAAGAGGAGGCUCGAAAAAUGAAACGAAAAGAAUCUGCAUUUAAGAGUAUGUUGAAACAAGCUACUCCUCCAAUAGAAUUGGAUGCUGUCUGGGAAGAUAUCCGGGAGAGAUUUGUAAAAGAGCCAGCAUUUGAGGACAUAACUCUAGAGUCUGAAAGAAAACGAAUAUUUAAAGAUUUUAUGCAUGUGCUUGAGCAUGAAUGUCAACAUCAUCAUUCAAAGAACAAGAAACAUUCUAAAAAAUCGAAAAAACAUCACAGGAAACGUUCCCGCUCUAGAUCGGGAUCAGAUUCAGAUGAUGACGACAGCCAUUCAAAGAAAAAAAGACAGCGAUCAGAGUCUCGGUCUGCCUCAGAACAUUCUUCUAGUGCUGAGUCUGAGAGAAGUUAUAAGAAGUCAAAAAAACAUAAGAAGAAAAGCAAGAAGAGGAGACAUAAAUCUGACUCUCCAGAGUCAGAUGCUGAGCGAGAGAAGGAUAAAAAAGAAAAAGACCGAGAAAGUGAAAAAGACAGAACUAGACAAAGAUCAGAAUCAAAACACAAAUCACCUAAGAAAAAGACUGGAAAGGAUUCUGGGAAUUGGGAUACUUCUGGCAGUGAACUGAGUGAAGGGGAAUUGGAAAAGCGCAGAAGGACCCUUUUGGAGCAACUGGAUGAUGAUCAAUAAAUUAUACCAAAUAUAUGUUUACAGUAUGAUUUAAAGUCUAAUUCAGACCAGGGACUCUAUUUUAAAGUUCAAUUGAAAUAACACUGGGUUUUAAUUAUAUCACAGGAAAAAAAAGUGCAUUUAAGUAUUGUUAUUGUGGACUUUAUAAAAAGCAAAGGAAAUUGAAAAUAACUUUUGAUUCUGUAUCAAGAAUCAUAUUUUCAUACGGUCAUAACUGUCUUUCUGUGACCCUUUCAUAGGGCACUGCAGGAUGGAUUAAAGGUGGCAAUUCACUGAUAACUGCAGAUGUCUCUACUUUGUUCUGAAGUCUAAGUCAUGAGGCGAUUUGAUUUACUUUAUAGAAGUUGGAUUUUGAAGAUAUAAUGAAAAUUUUUUUGAUAUUUAGUAGUACAAAAAAAGCACCAGCAACUGACAAAACUGCUUUUUUGUGCACUACCCAACUGGUUAAAGCUGAUACGAUCUUUUAUGGUGAACUCAGAAAUAGAUGUUCUUAACGGAAACCCGGUAGACCCUUAACUAUAGUGGUGCUAAUGAGCACUACUAUAAUAAAGCCACCAUUAUUUUUUAUGAAACACCUGAAUACAUUUUAAAAAAAGGCUGUUGUGAGGGCAUUAUUUUGAGGUGAUGUUUUAAAAGUUAACAUCAAAUCAAAUUGUAAAUUAGUUUAAAUAUAUUGCCUUAAGGACCUACUAAAGAAUGUGCCACCAAACUUUAAGUGAUAGUUGCAAUAUCCUUGUCUGAAACAAAAAUCAAUGUUGACUUAAACAUUUUCUUUAACAGUUGUUUUUUUUUUUUUUUUAAUCCGAUCUUUUCUCUUUUUUUCAUUGAGGAAGUCUUUUACCUUCCCUACUCACUGAGAAGUAUUGACUUCGUGGUACACAUUCUAAAGCAUUUCUGAUUUGAAUAUUUUUGUACAUUUUUAUCAAUUAUUAAACCUUCUCUUCUAGCGUG